AUGCCCGCAACAGACUGUAGGACCGCCGCAAGCGGCAUGGCGUGGAGCGGAGGCACCUUUAGCGCCCGCUGGCGUCCCGAUCUCGGCGUGGCUGCCGCCGACGCCGCCCUCUCCGCUGCCGACGCCGACCUGCCUAAGCACUGCUCGUUUGCGGUGGUGGGCGCCGGCUGGUCCGGCGCGUAUGCCGCCUGGCGACUCGCCGUCGACACCUCGUCUGUAAACGCCUCGUCUGUGUGUGUCUUCGAGGCAAACGGCCGCGUCGGAGGGCGCAUCUUCUCGGUCCACGGCCUCCCCUCCUUUGCAGACCUCGCUGUGGAUGUCGGCGGCUACCGCUUCCAGACGAGGCAGCGACUGCCCGCGGACCUCGUUUUUUUCGCUCUCAAGCUGCCGACGCAGUGCUAUGACUGGGAGUGCGCCGCAAAGUGCGAGGGCACGACUUGCUACGUCGUCAAGGACGCGUUCGGCAACAACGCCGGCUACGCCACCGCCAUCGAGACGAUGCUCGGCCAGGUCGAGGCGGCGGGCGGACCGGGGCGGCAGGUCCACCUCGCGGCGAGGCUGACCUCCAUCGAGGCGGCGCCGGCUGCAGGCAGGGCGGCGAGCCGGCUCAUCUUUGCGGGCGGGCGCAGCGUCACAGCGAGCAAGGUCCUGCUCAACCUGCCCUCCAACGCCAUCGAGUACCUCUCACGCGACUCGACGCUGCUGGGAAGCUCCUCGGCCGCCGUGCGGCGCUUGCUCGGCGCCGUGACGACCAUCCCGAUGGUCAAGGUCUACGCGUGGUACGACGACGCGUGGUGGAGCACCAAGCUGGGGCUGAUGGAGGGCGCCUUCACCGCCGCCACCGACGGCGCUCCGCUCGAGGGGCGCUACCACGACGGCCCGCAGCGCUGCGUAGUCGGGCGCGACACGGCGGGCGACCCCGUCUACUCGGGCAAGAAGAUAGCGUACGGCAACUGCAGCGGGGCGCUCGAGGUGUACUAUGGGAUCGCCCGGCCGUACUAUGCCAAGCUGAUGCCGAGCCCUCUUCAGCCGCUGACCGUCGCGACGCGCGGUACGAGCAGCCUCGCCGCCGCGCAGCUGAUCGGGGACGUGCACGCCGCACUGAUGGCUCGACACGCAAAGGCGCUCGCAUCCGCGGGCGUCGCCCCCGGCGCCGUCUCCCCGCCGCAGACGGUGGUGCUGGCCAACUGGAUCUCGGCAGGGCGCUACACGCCGGGCAUCGGCCGCUUGCUGGGCGGCGAUCUCGACCGCGCGCUGCUUCGCAAGCCGCUGCCAGAUUACGACCUCUUCCUCGCGAACCAGGACUUUGGGUACGAGACGGGGUGGGCGGCGGGCAGCCUGGCGAUGGCCGAGAAGGUGCUGCAGGCUGAGCUGGGGCUGCCUGCGCCGCGUUGGCUCGACGCGGAGUGGUACGAGAAGAGAGUCGUGGCCGAGCCCUGA